GUGUUUACAGUCCGGGGACCUCACGUUCUGAUACACUCACCGCCCCCUCGCGACGCCUCACAGGGCGAACGCAUUAAUAGAUAGCGCUGGAGUCAAAGGCAGACAAACACAGACACAAGCACUAUGGGAUGUUCGCGUUCUUUCGGAUGCUUUGCAUUUCUUCUGAUUGCACUGCACCAGACUUCUGGAUUCUGGUUAUUUAACGUUAUCUUCCCUCCGACAGCCAAACCUCGCGUCAUAAAUAAUAGCACUCCUCCUCUUAUCAUAGUACCUGGAAAUCUGGGUAACCGCCUGGAGGCCAAAAUAGACAAGCCCACACUGGUGCACUGGAUGUGUUACAAGAAAUCCGAAGACUGGUUUACUCUCUGGAUUGACCUAAACAUGUUCAUGCCCAUUGGAAUUGACUGCUGGAUUGAUAAUAUAAGAAUUGUGUACAACAGGACAAGUCGCAAGACAUCGAAUGCACCCGGGGUGGAGGUCAGGGUCCCUGGAUUUGGACAGACGCACCCUAUAGAGUUUCUUGACUUAAAUAAGCUGACAGGUUACCUUCAUACCAUGGUUCAACAUUUGGUCAGCAUUGGAUAUGUGCGAAAUGAGACUGUCCGUGGUGCUCCGUAUGACUGGAGAAUCGCUCCAAAUGAGCAGGAGGAGUAUUUUUCACGUCUGAAAAACUUGGUGGAAGAGAUGUAUGAUGAGUACAAGCAACCAGUCUACCUUCUGGGCCAUAGCAUGGGCAACAACUACAUCCUGUAUUUCCUCAACCAGCAGACUCAGGACUGGAAAGACCAUUACAUUAAGGGUUUCAUCUCUCUGGGAGCACCUUGGGGUGGCGCUGUCAAGCCGCUCAGAGUCUUAACAUCAGGUGAAAAUGAUGGCAUACCCUUCGUGUCCAAUAUAAAAAUCCGUGAAGAGCAACGGAUGACGACCACAAACCCGUGGAUGAUCCCUUCUGAAGAGGCGUGGUCCAAAGACCACACCUUCAUCUCCACCCCCUUUUUCAACUACACCAACCAGGACUACCAGCAGUUCUUCAAAGACAUUGACUUUGAGGACGGCUGGUACAUGUGGGAGGACACUAGAAACCUCACAGCCGGCCUGCCCACACCUGGAGUCGAGGUCUACUGCUUCUACGGGGUAGGACUCCCAACUCCGGUGACCUACGUGUACGACGAGCAGUUUCCAAACGCCGACCCCGUAGAUAUUAUUUACGAUGAUGGCGAUGACACCGUGGACAGCCGCAGCAUGAGUCUCUGUAAGCGGUGGAUAGGAAAGCAGGACCAGGCCGUGCAUGUGACAGAGUUCAGAGGCCUGGCUCAUUUGGACAUGGUCUUUAAUCACAAGGUGCUGGCGGCAGUCCAGAGAAUCCUGGAGGGAAAGUACCAUGACGAGAAGCACGUUAGCAUUGAACAGCCUCCAUCUCUUAGCCUUAGUUUUGUGUGACAUAUUCCCAACUGUACACUGGUAUCAUGCACAAAAGUAUUGCUGCGUUCACGCCAUUUUGUAAUUACCAUAAUUACACGAUGACAACCUGUGACGUUCUACUUGGAGAUGUUCAUGUCCUCGAACACAGAAUAAUGCAUUUCUAUGGCAACACCAAAAUGAAUCUGCAGCGGACACGUGACAUGUGGUACAAGUCAGAGCUCUCUGAAAAUUUUGAGUUCACAAGUUCUACGAGGACGUAAGUGCUUUUUAAAAGUCGAAAUCUCGUAAUUACAGUAAUUCCAACAUGGCGUGAACACACCUUAUGUCUUAAACAUCUCUUUGUAUUGGUUUAUAUUAACUCUUUCCCCGCCAUUGACAGAAUUUUCCAUAAUUUAUAAAAUAACGCUUCCCUGCCAUUGACAGAAUUUUCCAUAAUUUAUGAAACAACGCUUCCCCACCAUUGAUGGAAUUUUCCAUCAUUUAUGAAACAACGCUUCCCCGCCAUUGGCGGAAUUUUCCAUAAUUUAUAAAACAACGCUUCCCCGCCAUUGGCGGAAUUUUCCAUAAUUUAUAAAACCACGCUUCCCCGCCAUUGACGGGAUUUUCCAUCAUUUAUGAAACAAUGCUUCCCCGCCAUUGGCAGAAUUUUCCAUAAUUUAUGAAACAACGCUUCCCCACCAUUGACUGAUUUUUCCAUAAUUUAUAAAACAACGCUUCCCCGCCAUUGGCGGAAUUUUCCAUAAUUUAUAAAACAACGCUUCCCCGCCAUUGGCGGAAUUUUCCAUAAUUUAUAAAACAACGCUUCCCCGCCAUUGACGGGAUUUUCCAUCAUUUAUGAAACAAUGCUUCCCCGCCAUUGGCAGAAUUUUCCAUAAUUUAUGAAACAACGCUUCCCCACCAUUGACUGAUUUUUCCGGCUUUCCGUGUUUUCACUGUUAUACGGUAGGGGGCGCUAUUACGCAUUUUCUGAAGGAGUACAGAAUCUCCGGAUCAAUCCACAGGCGAAAAAGGAGCAGAAAUGAUAAAAGCAUUGCUUAUGCAUGUUGUAAUCUUUGGGAAAAAAACAUAGUUUUCUCAGCUUUUUGUUCUAAAUGUUGCUUUUUUUAUGAAACUUACCCACAUUUAAGUGUUGAUAAAAAAAAGAAUGCAUGAAAAAAAAAUGUUUGUUUGUUUGUUUAUUGCAUGUUCAGAUAUCCAUACAACAAAAUAUUAUGGGGACAGUUAAAUUUUUGUGAAAAUGAUCAAAAACGCCUGGUGGCUGGCAACUUAAAAAAAAUAAAUAAAUAAAAAUAAAAAUCCUGGCGGGAAAAGAGUUAAUAGGCAUGAUAUAGUCAUUUUUUUUUCUUUGUUACAGUGUAGAACUGUAUUUGUAUUAUACAGAAUUUUAUUUAAUCUGUACAUUAAAGAUUAUAGACAUCAUAGCUCUUAAAGUAUAAAAUGUAUUAGAUGUUUCUUUUUUGUAUAACAUAGCAUAACUUAAACUGUCUAUGUUACCGUAAUAUGUUAAUCACAUUUCAUGUAUAAAAAAGGUCAUAUUAAUAGUUAAAUGGCUGCUUACUAUAAAUAUAAAAAAUAUGAUUAUCCAUA